AUGAGCAAUUGCAAUGCAUGCAAAAAGAAUGUAAAAACCAUAGAAAGUAUAGUGUGCACCCAAAAAACGUGUAAUAAGCUAUACCAUUAUCUGUGUGUGGGCUUAAAGGCUGACAAUUUAAAAAAAAAUGUAUCCUGGAAGUGCCCUAGUUGCGAGGCCAAACAACCGAAGGGAAACAAUAGCGACACACCCGUAAGGGUUAUGCAGUGUUCGGAUGACGAGGAUGGAGCAGAAAACAGGGAUGAUUACGUAAUGACUCGACGUCGUCAUCCGCGUUCUCCGGACUGUUUAAAUCUCUUCGACUCAGAGUUUGCUAACAAAAUGCGCAAAGAUAUAUUGGACAUAAUUAGGAAUGAAGUGCCUAGUAUUAUUAAAGAUCUUAUCUGCAAAGAAUUCCAAGCUAUUAGGGAUAACAUCAGUGAACUAGAAAAAUUAAUAAAAUAUAUCGGUGGACAAGUACGAUGA